UAAUAAAUUGUUUGAGAUUACAACAUUUUUCAAAUUAUUAUUAUUAUUAAUUCAAAGCAAAACGAUAAACCCAAUGAUUACUCGCUCUUCGUCUCUUCUCCCACCCUAUUUUCUCUCCCCCAUCUCUCAAUUUUCCCGGAAAGUUUCCACUCAUUCCUGGAUUUCUUGGGCUACAUUACGGAUAUCUUUUGACAGGAAGGUAUGGGUGUAGUUGAUACAAAAUCAAUUGAAUCAGUCCAAGCUUCAUUAUCUUUGUUUGGUGAGAGAAGUGAUCAGAGGAAAAACCAGUUUACCAGCUGCGAUGAGUUGGAGAGAGAGAAAGAACUUGAAGACCUGUUGAAGGACUUGGCAAACUACAAGGUUCAAUUAGAAGUGAAGGACUCUGCCUACAAGCAAGCCCUUCUCAAACUAAACCACUAUCAAAAAACAGCCGAUGAACUUUCCAUCCUAGUGAAGAGUUCCGAGUUUGAGAAAGAGAUAUACAUCAAUGAAUGCAGAGAAGGUCGAAUACAUGUGCACGAACUUGAAUCUGAGAUGGCUGAUAUGUCUGAUCAACUAUCCAAAAAUGGAAAGAUGCGAGAACAACUUUCUCAUUUUAUGAGUGAGUUGAAGACUUCACGAGAAGAGUUACUUAUAAUGGAAACAGAUCUUGCUGCUGCCAUAGAUAUGAAGCUUGAGGCCUUGACACAGGUGGAAUUGAUGGAAACCGAAUUGCAAAUGGAGAAGGAACGGACUGAUGAGCUUCUGAGGCAUGUGUCGGAGCUGAAUGAAGCUAUUAUGCAUUCAAAGAUGGCAUCUAAUGAAGGAGAUAAAGAGAUUCGUGCUGUUCUAGCAAAAGAAGAGACUGAAUUAGCGUUGGCGACAACAACAGCGGUUGAAGCAGAGGAAAAGUUGGAAUACACGAGAAAACUACUAGAAGUUAUGCGGGAUUUGGAGAAUCAGCUCAUGAACAAGUCUGUUUUUAUCGAUUUGCUACAAUUGGAACUUAAUCAGGCUAAUGAGCUACGCGGGUCCUCUGAGAAAGCUGCUUCUGAUGCCAUUAGUGAGUUAAACCAGGUAAAAUCAGAGUUCAAAAUUCAGGAAAGAAAGAGCUCAGAUCAGUUGGGUAAGAUUGAGUUUUUGGAAAUGGAGUUGAAUCAGCUGAGACUAGAACUUAAAAAUGAGAAGGAAGAGGUGGAGCGCUUGGAUUCAGAGGCUAAGAAGAUGGAAGGUGAAUUAGAGAAGGCAAGAAAUGAGAUGGAAGAGAUUGGAGGAAGAGAGAAGGAAGCGCAAGUUGAGAUAGCGAUGUUGAAAUCUGAGGUUCAUAAAGGGCGGUCAAGAAUCGCUGCAGCCGAGGCAGCUGAAGUAAGGAUCAAAAGCGAAAAGUCAGGACUCUAUCAAGCGGUUCAACAGCUAGCAUUAGAAGCAGACGAGGCCAAGAAAGAGAAUCGGAGGCUAAAAGAAGAGUCUGAGAAUUCUGUUGUUGAUGAAGAUGGAAGAGACGAAACCGAUGCUUGUAUCAAGAUUUCGAAGGACGAGUACGAGGGCUUGAUUGAGAAGGCAGAGAAAGUUGCUGAGCUUGUGCCAAAAAAUGAGUACGAAUUGGAAAAUUUGAAGAAAGAGUUGGAAAUUGCAAGGGUGAAAAUCGGGGAGUUUAGGAAUAGAGCGGAACAGGCUUCCAGUAGAGCCGAGGCAGCUGAAAAGGUUAAAAUGGCACUUGAGGAUCAGAUGAAGAAUUGGAGAGAGCAAAGGCAACGGAGAAAGAUCGCCUUGGCUGCCCUUCGGGAGGAAUCGUUUCCCAAGGAAAGCAGCAGUAGCUUUAGCUAUGAGCAGCCUCCUAAAAACUAUCAGCCACUCGGUAAGGUUCUCAACAUGAAAUUCUAGUCUCACAACUUAAAUUAUUGAGGUUAACUGAUUUGGCCACCAAUUUUUUUUGUUCUCCUAAAAUAGAAAAAUUAAAAAAAAAAAAUUGUGUACGAAAUAUGCUUGAAGUGGGUGAUAUCUGAUAUCCUGUCCUAUUAAUGAACAUUUAUCAGUUCUGUUGGCUUAAAUUUUAUCAUGAGAAAGUUGAAUGAAGUAUGUGAGGUUACAAAUUG